AUGGAGAAUGACAAGGGAGAGCUCGUUGAUCUCUAUGUUCCUCGCAAGUGCUCUGCGACCAACCGCAUCAUCAAGGCCAAGGAUCACGCAUCUGUCCAGAUUUCCGUCGGAAAGGUUGACGAGAACGGCCGUUUCACUGGAGAGUCACAAGUGUACGCACUGUGCGGCUUCGUUCGUGCUAUGGGCGAGAGCGACGAUUCGUUGAAUAGAUUGGCACAGCGCGAUGGUCUCCUGAAGAAUGUCUGGAGUGGAAGCUCGCAAAGAUAA